GAUGACGUUUGUUUGGUCAAGCGGUCAGGCAGAUAUAGGGAUGGACGGUAGACAAUAUAACUGCAGGCACAGCAACUGAUGUUGACUCCAGUCCUUUAAUUCUCUCUACAGGAAUCUCACUAGCACAAGAUGAAGCUGACAUUUGCUCUCAUUCUUGCACUCCAAGUGUCAGUGUGUGUCUGGGCACAGGAAUGGCCCCAGCCUGACAAGGAGUUAGUAGAGAAAUAUGAGGGGCUGAAGGCAGUUUUCUUUAAGAGGAUCGUCAAUGCUUGGGAAAAGACCAAAGCUGCCCUUCAGCCAACACUCGAGGGCUCACCAACAGGAGAUCAAGCCAAACAAAUUCUUGAAGAACUGAGCAAAAGGCCAAGAGUGGAGAGUGCCAUCAAAAUCAUCGGCGGUUUGGCCAGUGAUAUGGAGCCUAUGGUGGACAAAGCUCGCAUGGCUCUUCUUGGUGCUUAUGGCCACUAUCUGCGGCCCCACAUCGGAGAAUACCUGGACAGGGCAAUCACCAACAUCAAGCCCGUGCUGGAUACUGUCCUGCCUCAUGAGGGUUAGAGUCUGCAGCUCAUCAACCACUGAUUCCUUCAACCCAGCAAACUUCAAUAAUAGAUCUGGAUGCUGUGUGUCCAGCACGUCGGUGCAGAUUUUGCAUGUAUAUACUGUAUCUGUGUAUUUGAUACCAUUCUGUUCAGUGCAGGAAAAAUAAAAAACACCCAGCCCAGCAUUAAUAGAGAAUGAAUUAUGUGAUUUUGUGUGCCUCAUAAAGAAAAAAACAUGACCCAUUCUAAAUAAAAACAUCUGGAAAAUGCAAA